UUUAUUUCCAAUAUAUGAUAAAUCGUAUAUUAUUAUAAACAUGGAGCAAAUUGGUGUUUUAGACAAGAUAUUUCAAUGCUUAAGCUCCAGCAACCUAAAGUGAAAAAUUGUUAUAAUUCACUGAUGCAUUGACUAAAUAAUAAUUAAAAGACACUAAACAAUAAGUCUCAUAAGGAAGAUCGUGGAAAAUAGAAGAAUUGAGAUUAAAAUCAACAGAAGAUUUAACAAAAUUAUGGUAAAGAUGAAUUAUAAGAUGAUAGGUAUGUGAUGUUGAAGGAGAAGAAUUUGUUAUUAUCAGAUGGAAUUUUUUUCAAAAAAGUUAUUGGUGUAAAGGGUAGAAUGGGAAAACUUGUAUAAUUGAAGAAAUCAAUGGCUAGAUUAAAGACAGUUGUAAAAGAAAGAGAAAUCGUAAGAGAUAAAUAUAGAAGAUAAUUAGAGGAUGAAUAUGUUAAAUAAAAGACAGAAUAAUAUUUAGCUAAAGUAAUUAUUGGUAUAUAUGUAAGCAAUAAGAAAUCCUUUAAUAAGAAAUUGAAGUUCCAGAAAUAACAUCUAAUCUAUUAAGAGCAAAAGUAAGAGAUCUUAAAUUAGGAAAAGAUGAUGUUUCUUAUAUUGAAGAAGCAUUAAGAAUAAAACAUAAGAAAGAGAACUACAAAUAAUAUUUAAAAGAGAAAUAUGAUUAUAAAAAUAAACCAAUUGUUAGAUUGGGAGAUGAAAUUCCUGAAGGAAAGACAGAAGUAAACUUUUUUUUUAAAAUAAUGAGGAUUAAGUCAUUAGAUAAUUUAAGUCGACAGUCUAAGAAUAAAUUGAGGCAGCGAAACCAAUACCUUAAGAUGAGAUUUUGAGAUCACAUGUUAAAAAUUGGUUUAUGUUGGGCCCAAAACAAAAGAGAGUUAUUGUCAAUUUCUUAUAAGCUAGAAGAGCUAGAGAAUCUAAAUAAUUAUUCUUGAAAGAAUUAGAUUUAUUAGGAUAAAAGAUUAGACAUGAUUUGCAAUAAUACCAAUAAUAAAAAUAAGCAUAAUAAUAAUGAUAUAUUAUAUAAUGAGUAUUAAAGAAUUUAUCAAAUAAACAUGAC